AUGCACUGUUCGCCGAUGACCAAGCCGACCAACUCGCCCGUCGCCGUCGAGGCCUUCGACGUCGACAUCCUCUACGACGAGUACCUGAGCCCCGACACGGCGGUGGACUUUGACUUUGACUUUGACUUUAUCGCGCCGGUCGCCAAGCCGGUCGCCAAGCCGACGACGUCGGCGCUGCUCACGAACCCGGCGACCGCGCUCUUGCUGCAGAAGCCGAUCAAGUCGCUGACACGCGAAGAGAAGAUUGCGCGCCGCCGCGCGCAGAUCGCCAAGUCGGCGCAGAAGCACCGCCUCCGCAUCCGCGAGGAGAUGGAGUCGCUCCAGGACGAACUCGUCGCGCUGGAAGCCAAGCUCGCGGCGCACCAGGCGUCGGACGCGACGACGUGGAAGACCAAGGCCGCGAACGCGCUCGAGAUGCGCCAGGUAUCCGAAGCCAUGAACGCGUCGCUGCGGCAGUCGCUCAGCGAAACCACGCUGUGCGUCCACCACUGGACGACCUUUAUGCCCAACGUCCACGCGGUCGUGGGCCAGGACGCGACCCUCCAGCACCUUGUCUAG